AUGGAGAAGAAACGAGAGAUCUCUGAGUACAGAGAGAAGUUGGACAAGACCCUGUCUUCUCCUGAGCUCACUGAUCAUGAGACUCUCAAAUCUCUUCUCAGAAACCAGCUUUACUCUUCUCAAGAGUGUAAUGAGAAUAUAUUGGAUAAAAGAGCAGCUGAUGUAUCAAAGCUACUUAGCAUGCUUAGGAGUGUUUCAAUGACGGAUGCAUCAUCAUCAUCACAUGGUGAUUGGAAAAUAAAACAAGAUCUUGAAGAUUGCCGUGUCAUGUACCGUGAAGGGCUUGAAGGAAGUCCCUUUCACACUUUGCUCGUUGAGGGUUACAUGGAUUCCACUCUCGAAGACUGUUUGUGUGUUUCUUGGGAAACAGCCCUCUACAAGAACUGGUGGCCACAGUUUGCGUUUCCACCAUUUAAGAUUUUACAAGGCACAUGCUUGCAUAAGGUCCGGACCGGUGAACAAGUUUGUCUAGUGAGGUUUGUUCUUAAAAAUAUAUAUAUAAAAUUUUGUAGGGUGAUAGGGGAACUUGAUAUAAAGCUGGACUUGGUCCCUCCGUCUCUUAUGAAUUUUAUCGCUAGGCAGAUCGUCGGUAAAGGUUUCAAACUGUAUAAAAAGGCAGCUGGUUCGGUGGCGAAACUUGAUGAAGAUUUCAGCAGAGCUUUAGCUGAUCCUUUGUACAUUAACAUACGUCAAGCUAUGUAUUCAACUAAUAAAGCAACUGAGGAAGAACAAGAGUUGGAGACGGAGAAUAAACACGAAAAUGAUGAAGAUGAAACUGUCCAUUGCAGACGAGCGAUUUUGGAGAUUGAGGAGGAAAAAGAAGAAUAUUUUGAGGAAAGUGUUUCUUUUGAGGAGAGGAAUGUAAAUGGCAAUAUCAGAAGACAGUUAAGCAUUAGUACAGAGGUGGAACAAGCUUUAGGAACUCUAGAUAGAGCAAUAAACAUGGUUAGGAAUAUAACACCGGUCAAAGAAGAUGUGGAGUUCCCGCCAAAUAAAACAUAGGAUCAGACAAAGAAAGUAAGUUUGUCAGAGAUAAUUUGAAAAUGUUCCUCAAAGAUCACACACAGUCAAGAUUUUUCAACAUCAAGAGGGGAGCUAUUUUAGUCAAGAAGACAAGAGAGAGCAGGAGACAGGAGAUGAUCACUUAAACAAAGGUAAGAAUGAGAACUAGGGCCAGCCCUGAAAUUUUGGAGGUUUUAGGCGAUUUUUGUAAAGAUUUCGGUGAAAAAAAAUAUUAAGAAAAUUUGGGAGCCAUUUUAAAAAAUUUGGGAGUCUAUGCAUAUGUAAAUUUUUUUCAAAAAAUAUGGGACUGCGAAUGUUUCAUCGGGCUUUACCCUGGAUCGGCCCUGAUUAAAACGUAAGAUAGCUUCUUUGCUUUCAGGUCUUGGCUCUGAAGGAAGCUCAGGUUCCUAUGCAUGCUAUAGUUUUGUGGAUUCUUUUUGUAAACUUGUUGCAAAUUCAUAAUCAAAGCUACUCUAAUUA